AUGUCGAGCACGUUCCCCCCUCCGCCAAGUCAGGGCCAACAUUUUCCUCGAUUUCAACAACAUUCCCAGAGCCCUGCAUACCCGCCUCCCAACUUCAACUACCCUCCCCCUCCUCAGCAGCCCCAUGGCCCCUCCGUGGACACAAAUGUCGCGAGCUUUACAGCAAAUACCGGAAUCGAUGCGUACAGCUCAAGCUCUGUGUCGCCUCCCCCGCAAACGCCCCCGCCAGCUGUCCAGCCCCCCAGGGCGCCGAGUGUACAAUCCCAAGUUACCACUACCACCAUUGCCCCCGCAACUCAGGAUGAGGUUGGUACUUUCAAUGGCGGGAGCUACAGGAUCAGCCAUAGGGACACAAACUCCAUCGUCACUCUACAAUUGGCAAAUGGCUGCCCGAUUGAAGCUAAGCCAGGUGCAAUGAUUGCUAUGUCGUAUUCCGUCAGUGUCAAGGGAAGCUUGAAAUUCGAUUGGAAGAAAUUCUUGUCGGGGAGUAUGGCAUAUUCCAUCUUUACCGGCCCCGGCGAAUUGCUGCUUGCCCCAUCGACGCUCGGGGAUAUCAUUGUCCUACGUCUCACUGGGUCCGAAGCAGCAUGGAAAGUCGGGAAGGAUGGAUUUCUCGCCGCUACCAGCGGUGUUAAGAAAGACUACAGAAAGCAAAAUCUCACCAAGAGUUUAUUCUCUGGUGAGGGGUUCUUCGUCUGCAGUCUGGAGGGAGUCGGCCUUGUCUGGUUGCAGAGUUUUGGUGCCAUCAUCAGGAAAGACGUACGUGACCAGCUGGAAGCAUUUUCGGAAAUCUGCUAA